UGGUAAAUCAGGCAACUUUCUUCCACACGGAGUGAAGAGGGGAGAGGAGGCGUCUCAUUGAGGAGGAAGGACAAACAACAACAGAAGGACCAACCGGCAGAAGUGUAGAUACAGUAUUUAUUUUUUUUGUUGUUGUUGUUUUUUUACCUUUUGUAGAAGAAGUUUUUGUCAUGAUAGUUUGUCAGACGUUAAAAAGAAGAUUUCUUGUCGUGAUAAGUGCUCACUGAAUGGGACUCAGAAGGUUAACUACCUGAAGUUUAGCAGUGACUAUAGCCAUGCGGUGGUGGGCGGCACCAGCAGUGCUAGGGGCAUGCGAUCGGCCUCCGAGCUCCGGGAUUUGAUGGACACCCUGCAGCGCAAGAAGAUUGCCCUGGAGAACAGCCUGAGAGCCAACGGGAAUGCUAACCCCUCCUACUUCAGCGUGACACAGUCUCCACCCACCACACCUAUCACGAGUCCUGCCACAUCCUCAUCAGCCUAUCAGGAACAGGCAAGGCGUUUCUAUGGCACAGAUCGUCCGCCCAUGUCUCUGAAAUCCGCUUCCCCUCUUUCCCCGGGACGGCGAUCCGACCCUUCCUCUUCUCUGGGCUCUCGCACAUCCAUGGGUCGUAACCAGGACAACUUCGGCGUCAGUGAUAGCAGGCGGCCUCACAACCCAGGCUCCUCUACUUUACUGUCCACGUGGAACGGCGGAGGCUCCUCGAUUUCCGUUGACGGCAGCAAUAACCUCCAGCUCUCUAUUCCUCCCUCCUCCGCCUCAUCCCGCACUCCAUCAGCAGGAGGUGCGGCGAGCAUGCCCUCAAGCCCCCGUCUUGGCCGACGUAGCUAUGGCAACCAAGAGCCAUCGCCCAGCAGUCGAACCCGGAAAUACUCGGCAGGCUCGAUGACUGGGAUGAUGGGAGGAGGGCACAGUCGCUCCCUGCCACGCCUCUGCCCCUCUCCAUCUCCCCGUGAGAACAACAACGGCGGGCUGACGUUGUCGACGCUGCCCCCGCGGCGAUCUGAUGUUGCUGGGGGUUACAAAUUCAGCAAAGACCAUUACAACAACAGCCAGAACGCCAGCCCUGACCUCAACCACAAGUCAAGUAACUCCAGCCAGCUUUCCUCCAGCAGGAAUCAAAUCCAGUCCACAACUCAGGGAGAAGGUGUCGUGUCUAUCUCCCUCUCCACCCCUAAGUUGCCCUCCACCACCCCCAUCUCUUCCACAACCGCCCCACCCGACGUGACCAUCCCAUCCAGGGUGGGGGGCUCUUCUUCUCCUCGUGUGGCCAAAAAACUCAGCCUGACCUCCACUAGCUCUGUGGGAUCCAUCAGCUCCACAGGUUCCAGCCCUCCAGAACUAGAACGGCUGACCAGCCGUGGAGUCUCCCCGGGAGUGGAUCUGUAUUUGGGGGAGAGGCGAGGGGUAGGCCCAGAACUCACUGGUGCCCCUGGGAUGGGACUUGGAGAGAGAAGGUCUUCCUUUGGGAAGGCGGGGCUGGAAGCUGGAAUGGGGCUGGGCGAGAGGAGGGCCUCAUUUGGAAAGGCAGGCAUGACCCCACCCGGGGGUUUCAGGGAAAGAAGGGGCAGUAUCAGCUCACUGAGUGGGAAGGAGGAGCUGACCGACUACCACCAUCGCCAAAAAGAGGAGCGACUCCGUGAGCAGGAGGUGGAGAGACUGGAGCGACAGAGGCUAGAGACCAUCUUGUCUCUGUGUUCGGAGCUGGGCCGGGCUGAGAGAGAUGGAGGUGGCCCAACAACAAGUCCCACUUCCGCUGUGGCAGAUCUCCAAAAGAUCAACCAGGAGCUUGAGAAGCUUCAGCUGAACGACGACGAUGAUGACGACAUGCCAUCUGUCUUUUCGGACUCUUCAGCUGUUAAUGGACACAUGGCCUCCCCUGGAUCAGAGAAUUGCUACUAUGAUGAUGAUCUACAGGUACGACGGAGACGCAGCAGCGGUCACCGAGACAACAGGGCAGAGUCACCCACUGUCAGUCUGCGAAGCUACGCUCCCUCACCUUCUCCGCGCAUGCAGAGGACCAAUGAGGCUCUAGAUGAUGCAGCUCGUCGCCGAGGAUUGGAAAUGAGGCCCUCUGAGGAGGAAGUGAGACGUGUGGAAGAGGAGAGGAUCCAGGUCCUGAACAACAUGGAGGAGCUGGAGCAAAAGAUCAAAGAGCUGGACAACCAAGUGGAGGAAUCUGCCCGAGAGGUGGAGGUUGAGCGAGCUCUUGUGGAGGCUGAGAUGGAGUCAGAGGUAGCUGCUCUCCAGCAGGAAAAAGAUACUCUGGAAACACUUCACAACAAGAUGGCUGACCUAGAGACCAAGUCCCAGCAGGAAAAAGAAAAGGCGUGUGAGUUGCUGCAGGCAGAAAGGGGCAGAGUAGAGAGGUUGGCUCAGAUUGUGUGUGAGCAGCGCUCCCAGCUGGACAGCUGCCCUGAGGCCACCAAGGAGCCCCUGCAGGAGCAGCUGGCCAGGGACUGCGAGGUGCUCGAGAUGGAGACGAAGCGCUUCGAGGACCUGGAGUUCCAGCAACUAGAGCGAGAGAGCAGGCAGGACGAGGAGAAGGAGACCCAUACGCAACAGCUCCUCCGGGAGAUCGCGGACUACCAGCGGAGCAGUGUCACUCGCAAGGAGCGACUGUUAACGCUGAAGAAGCAGGCGACACAGAUUACCCAGCAGGCUCAGCGAGAGAAGGAGAGCUUCUUGAAGGAGAGGAGCACCCUCGAAGCAAUGCUGCAAAGAGAGAAAGAAAACCUCACCACACUGGAAAGAAAAUAUGCUGACCUCACUGGUGGCCGGAGUUUCACCCUAAGGGAGGGCUAUGUCACAGUCAGUGAAAUCAAUGAGCUUUACUCACAGCUUGGGGGGGACCCUAAACCCGCCCCUCGCUCCACUCUGGCCAAUGCCUCUCCCGAGUCUGUGGCAAACCCCUCCCCUGACGGCGACACCCCCAAACCACCGGAGGAUGAGCAUUUCCGUUUGCUGGAAGAGAGGAAGAGGUCUGAGAAAGAAGGCGGCUCCCAUCUAAGUGACACAUUACCCAGGAAGAGAACCACACCCACCAUGACCCCCCAGUUCACGUGUGCAACGCUGGGACGCAGCUACCCUAACAAGUCCCAUCAGCCCCUGGUACAAAGCACAAGUUGUGGCAGCAUUCUUCCAAGAGUCCUGUCCUUAUCCAAUAAGGAAACUGAAUCUCGACGUCUGCAUAAAGGUCAGCCCAGCUCCCGAACAGCUUCCCAGACCAAUGUCUACCUCGAUGCCUUUGGGUACCGUGACAACCAAGCCUUUGACACAAUGAGCGUGGAUAGUACCGACUCCAUUGAAACCAGCAUCUCUGCUUGCUCACCUGACAAUGUCUCCAGUGCCAGUACUUCAAAUGUGGCCAAGCUAGAGGAGAUGGAGCGUCUGCUGAGAGAAGCCCAGGCAGAGAAGAGAAGCCUCAUCGAACACAAGGAUCGAGAGAUGGACAUGCGAAAGCAGGCGCUGGAGGAGGAGCGGAGAAGAAGGGAGGAUCUGGAGAAGAGGCUACAGGAGGAGACAAACAGACGGCAGAAACUCAUUGACCGCGAGGUGAAACUGCGAGAAAAACAGAGGGCGCAGUCCCGGCCACUGACGCGGUACCUGCCUGUGAGAAAGGACGAUUUUGACCUGCGGGCUCACAUCGAGUCUGCGGGCCACAGCGCAGACACAUGCUUCCACUUGUCCAUCUCGGAAAAAACCUGCCGUGGCUACUUGAUCAAAAUGGGAGGCAAAAUCAAAACCUGGAAGAAACGUUGGUUCGUCUUUGACCGCAACCGACGCACGCUCUCCUACUAUGCAGAUAAGCAUGAAGCCAAGCUGAAAGGAGUCAUCUACUUCCAAGCUAUUGAAGAAGUAUAUUAUGAUCACCUGAAGAAUGCACAUAAGAGCCCAAACCCCUCCCUGACCUUCAGUGUGAAGACUCAUGACAGAGUCUACUACAUGGUCGCUCCCUCUCCUGAGGCCAUGAGGAUCUGGAUGGAUGUGAUUGUCACCGGAGCCGAGGGAUACACCCAGUUCAUGGUGUAGUGAAGGGGCAGGAUGUACCAACGUGCUUCGACUCUAUGUGGCUCAAAAGACUGUUUUUCUCCUCGGACUUUUAAAGUGCCUGGAUGGAUGUUAAUCAUUUUUUAACAUUUUAUCCGCCUCAUUUGCAAGAUGGGCAGGGUUUACAAUCACACGUGGAGGAUUCGUGCGGAAAGUGUCGGCAGAUGCAAGAUCAUGAUUUAAACAUUUUUAGGCAAUCUGGUUCAAUCCCAGAUAAGUAGAUCUGAAUCGAACAUCAACUAGGAAUACCAGUGAACCAGUAGUUGGGUUUAGAAAUGUGCCAUACAAAGCCUAAACCAUUUUAACAUUUCUCAUGUGACUUGUGGUCAAUUAUGCAAAGUUUUAAUCAUUUUUAGACCAUUUCCUGUACAUAAUUAAAAACAAAAAGCAUAUUAAUUUAGUAAAGGUAUUAAUUUUCUACUUUUUUCAUCUUGAUUUAAUUUCAUGUAUCAUUACUGUGGCAUUCUCAGGUCUUAACUGUGUGUGUGUGGAUGUGCAUGCAUGCAUCCUACGCUCACGUGUGAAUUUAUACACGUGUGCUAAAGAAGUGCCUGUUUUGUGUGCAUAUUCUAUGUACACGCCCAUUUACUGUGAGCUUCUAAUGUAGCUCCAAGGUGCUAUUCUUACAUGGUGAAUGACACUAGCAACACCCCUCAUGUAAAACCAUUAAAUUGGGGUGUAAUAAUACACUGCAAUUGGAGUUUGAAAAUGGAUUACUGUUCUGGGUUUACAGUGUCACCAAAUGAAGCUCAAACGACUGUUAGAACGGCGACUUGUUAUUUUCCAAUAGAAGGAGUUAAAUAAACAUGAGGAAUAAUGAGUAAAAGGCACAACGUUGUGAUAUUUGUACAUUUUGUUUCCAAGUUGUAGUUAGUUUUAAAAUAGUUACGGUCCAUUAGAAAUGUAAGAUUCCUGUUCGUGCCUUUUCUUUAUCAUAUUUUGUGUGACAGUAUUUUGACAAGCCUUUUAUCUAUAUUUUUAAGAGCUGCAUAUAUCUAUAUACUAAAUGCCAAACUGCCGGUCUGUGGCGAGAAAACACACACACAUUAGUUUUUUGUGAGAAAGAGCCCCUGUAGGAUUAAGUUGUCUUUGAAGGUGUCAGGAGGAAAAAAUCUAUGGUACACACACUCCCUUAAGAGGCCUUUAGUCAUUAAAGCUGACUGAAGUAUCGUGCUGCUUGGUCCACUGCAUUUCAUUGCAUUGCUUUUAUUACCACUAAUUCAACGUUUUAGUUAAACUACCACUGAAGCUGCUUUUAUAUUGUAUAUCAUACUACAUAUUACGUCUGAAUAAUUCAGUCCACUGAUCAUCCUGCCACUUGGUGUUUUGUUUUUUUUGGUUUUGUUUUAAUGACCAAAGUACAUGUUUAUGUGGUAUAAUAUGUAUAUGUGGUUUCUUUGCUUUUACUUCUCUUUGUUCAGCCCGAUAAGAUCAAAAUUAUAUCUGUUUUUACAUGAUGGCCACAUGGUUGUUUUCCACCAACUAAAGGAGCUGUUACAGUGGAAGCUUCCAUGAGCCCAACUUUUUUUUUUUUAAUCAUUAUUUUUUUUAUGUUGAUCCUACUGUAUUUAUGCCAUUACCAAUGCAUGUAUCUUAAUUUUGUAUUUCCAUAUGAAUAAUAAAAAUGAUAUAUUUUACCUUUA